UCAUUUACAGCGAACUAUUUUGUUUUACGUUUUGGGCGUUUCUUCCUCUGUCGGCUGUUCUUGUUGACCCAUAAUUUUGUCUACCAAUUCUCUGUCCAAUUUUAGGUACAUUCAUUUCACAUUUUGUCUUCACAAACCCACUUUCCCACAACCUUCUGUAGCUUUGUUUGCGAUCGGAUGUCCAAUUUGUUCCCCCUUUUUGCAUUCAUGUGCAGUAGUUUCGCAUAUUUGUAAGUAGUUUUCGAUCAAGAUCACUGUAUUGUUGCUGUUUUUCUUUCAGUCAAUCCAACAAACACCUGGCGUGCACUUUUUUGGUUCUUGUUUUCUUGUAAUUAGUCUUCUGGGUCGUCCUAUUAUUUGGGUUUUCAUUGUUUACUUGAGAUUUGGAUCAAAUUGUUGUGGGAUUUUAGUGUUUGUUAUUGGGUAUUAUCUGUUUUUAUAAAUUUAUUGUCUUGAAGUUCUUUCAGACAUUUCAUCAAAUACCUGUCAGGCACUUAUUCGGUCUCUUAAAGUAGAUUAUUUGAUCGUUUUAUCAUCUGGGCUUUCGUUCUUUACUCGAGAUUUCGCUCAAACAGUUGUGAGAUUUUACUAUUUUAGUGUUUAUUAUUGGGUAUCUAUCAUCAGGGAUGAAAGGGAAAUUUGGGUCAUCUGGGACUUAUUUCCUGUUAAAUACAGGAGCCAAGAUUCCUGCCAUAGGGCUAGGAACCUGGCAAAGUGGUGGUGAUUUCUGUGCUGAAGCGGUUAAAACCGCUUUAUCCGUCGGAUACCAUCAUAUCGAUUGUGCACACUUGUACGGAAACGAGGCUGAGGUUGGCGAAGCUUUAUCCGAGUUUUUUAAGGGUUCAAUCAAAAGAGAGGAUCUCUUUCUAACCUCUAAAAUCUAUUGUACCAUGAACUCGAUUAACAAGAUCGAAAAUUCGGUUAGAGUUUCUCUUAAGAAUCUUGGGAUGUCGUAUUUGGAUCUUUAUUUAAUGCACUGGCCCGAAAGUUCGGCUUUUGGUGAUGCCACUGAUCCGCCUGCAAAUUCGGGUUCUGAGUAUAGACAGUUUUUGAGUAAGUUGAAAACAGCAUGGAAAGCGAUGGAACGGUUGGUUGAGUUAGGCCUUGUUCGCGCUAUUGGAGUUAGUAAUUUUAAUAUACAACAGAUGAAAGAACUUCUCAAGUUUGCUAAAAUUGUACCUGCGGUUAAUCAGGUAGAAUUACAUCCGUUUUGGAGGCAAGAUGAACUUGUAAAAUUCUGUCAGUCAAAAUUCAUACAUGUAUCGGCUCACACACCAUUGGGAGUACCGACUUCAGCCCCUAAACCAUCUGAAAGCGGAUCAAGUGAAGAAGAUGAGCCCGGAACACCUCGCAUAUCUUUUAGUCGGUCCAGAUCGGUUCACGGGCCAAUGCUCAAACUUUCGGUUGUUGCAGAGAUAGCAGACCGACAUAAAAAGACCCCCGAACAGGUUAUUUUGCGAUGGGGUCUACAAAGAGGAACAAGCGUGCUUCCAUGCAGUGUGAAACCCGAGAGGAUAAGGACAAACAUAGACAUAUUCAACUGGAGUUUAUCGGACGACGAGUAUCAGCGGUUAAACCAGAUAGAGCCACAGGUGUGUCUAUUUGGAAAUGGUUCAUUGGACACCAUCUCAGAGGACGAUGGUUCGGUCUUUGGAAGUGGUCCAUUGCAAGCGGUUCAUGAAUCUGACGAUGAUGUCGAGUUCAACUCAUGAUUGAUGCUAUUUGCGGGUUGUUUAUUUGCAUUUAAACAUGUUGAUUUUGUUGUAUGUUAUUGUAAUAUUAUGUUGUGUUUGGGUGAUGAACAAGAUGUAGGUCUUAAUGUUGAUUUGGUUGAUUGAGUCUUCUUUGGAUCAAAAGUGUUUUGUGAAGAUUCUUGUCAUGUACAAAAAUGCUAUGGAACAUUGUUAAUGGUUAUGAUUGUAUUAUCCCAUAUAUAAA